GGUAGCUACGCAGGCUCUUGAGGAACCCAUAUAGAGAUAAGAGCAAGUGAGAAAGAGGAGACAUCAUGGCGUCCAUGAUAACAGGAGAUUUCGUGGAGGCCUACGUACGGAGGAACGCCUGCAAAGAGGAGAUGAGGAAGGCAGAAGCGAGCACCGCCGGUGGGGUGGCGGCGGCACAAGGAGACCCGGAGAAGGCCGGCGCUAGUGCAUCGUCGUCGGAGAAGAAAGCGGCCAAACAGGCUGCAGCUGCUGGUAGUAGCAGGGGAGAAGCAGGCAGCAGCCUCUUUGGGCUGGUGAAGAAGAAGGUUCACCCCAAAGUUGGCGGAAGCACAGGAGCUUCUUCUUAAGCACCCGGUAGUAGGCAUCUGCGUGGCUGCAGGCAUGCAAGGAAUUUCAGAAUUUUACUCCUGUCAAUCUUGAAGUGUUUCGGUUCAGACUUUCGGCUAAGAUAGGCCUUUUUGUUACUUUAAUUUCCCUUUCCUCCUCCUUGUCCUUGAAUAAGCAAACCAUGUAGAUGUGCCUGUUUGUUUGAUAGAGAUGGAAGAAAAAUGUCUAGACUAGGGGAAAGGAAACGAAGCAGUUCCUUCUUUCCAUAUGAAUUUGCUUGAGUUUAUCAGUCAAAUCUGUCAGUCA